AGGGUCCAAAAAUAACGACAUUUGUUGGGUCAUGAAAUUGUUAUUUUUUUCUCGUGAAUUUGAAAAGCUGCCAGUAGGUGUCGCUGUCCGUGUGAGAGUGUGUUUUAGAUAACACAACAGCCUGAGAGGUGAUAAACAUUAAAUCACUCUGGGACUUAAACGUCGUUACCUCACACUUCAUUCAUUAUUUGAAAAACAUUUCUAGUGUCCAAAACGUCUCUGCUCCUGCAAAAGAAACACACAGCGCCCAUGUGGAUAUGCAGAGGUUCAUGUGGCCUGGUUAUAAGAUGCAGCUCCUUGCAGAGUUGCAGAAACAACAGAACAACACCCAGUUCUGCGAUACUCUGUUGCAAACUGAAGGUAUCUCAAUCCCCGCCCACAGUUGCAUCCUUGCAGCUCUCAGUCCCUACCUGUCCCGGAAGCUGUCAGCAUCCACCUCUCUGUCGGGUGAGAAGCACCAGCUCCAGCUGCAGGCUCUGAAAGCCCAGACCCUGCUUAAGAUGGUCGGUCUUCUUUACUCUGGGCAGCUAGAAGUAAAAGGAAGCGUGGAGAAAAAUGAUGUGCUGUCUGCAGCCCGCCAGUUGGGGAUCACAGAUCUUGUUGAAGGACAGAAUUGGCAGAUGAAGGAGAGAGAACCACAGAAAAAGGGUUCACUAUGUAGCAGAGAUAAAGAAGAGAGAAAUGAAAGUCUAAAAAUGCAAGAUGCACAACAAGUCCAGUUAGACUUUGCUGUAGCGAGAACUGCAGAUUCUCCACCUGAAGAGAGAAGCUGUGUAUCCAUAGGCACACAAACUAUUGCAACUGGUGAAAAGGCUGUGAGCAGCUCUUUUACUCACUCCAGCCAAACUAAAGCUUCAACCCAAGAGCCUGCAUCCUCUCUACCUAAGUACAGUACAUUACUAACCCAAAACUUCUGCUCUUCUUCCUGCCCAACCAUUCCCUUCAUGCUCAGUGAGGCAUCAAGUGAUGGAGUGUCUACAUUAGAUCCAUCCUCUGACAGCGUCACCAACCCCACAUCCACCUCUGCCUCGUCCAAAAAUGUGAUGGCUUUGCAAUUUUUACUUGAUGAAGACUCGAGCUCAAGCGCUACACCUCAGGAACACAUUACAUAUCAACAGUCAUCAGAGGGAGCGAAAAAUGGCAAGUUGGCUGAUGGCUGUGAAAACACAGAGGAGAUGAACCUCCAUAACCAUCGAGAGGAUCCACGUAGAGAAGGAAAAUGUACCUCUAAAGAGAAGAGGCAAGAUCAUGCACAUUUAGGGAUGAGGAGUCUGGCUAAGAUGAAACAAAUGCACAAGAUGAUGGAGGCCACGCAGAUUUCUAUCAAGGUGAAGCUGAGGAGGAGGACUGAAGAACAAGUGUGGGAGGUUGUGAACAGGCAAGACUCGGAUGAAACAUUAGCUGCUCUAGCUUCCCUGCAACAGGAUGGCUCCAACCAUAAAAGGCCGCAGACAGACCUUACAAAUGAUGCUCCUCCAUCCACAUCAGUCCAGCCAGAUUCGAUCUCUAAACCAAAGAGCCCGCCUCCUCAACCUGCCACCAGCAACUCCACUGACCCACAGCCACCUCACUCCGACACCACCUCCAACUCCCAGAUCCAAAAUGGUGGACUCGAUCCGGUCCCGCUCCCCCAGCCUUCAGGCCAAGUGGAGGACUCUGAUGAGCAGAUUGAGAAGCUGCUGGAAGACAUCAUGAUGGGUCUGAACAUCCUGCCUAGCUUAGAGGGAGACCCUAAGAAGUCUCAUCUACUUCAACCGAGCAACGAGCGAGCACCUGCCACCUGCCAGAUCCGACCUGCAGAGAACGACGCAGUGACCGGUCAGAUGCAUGCUGGUGUUGAUGCAGCAGUGUGUGAAUGCUGUCAGGAUCUUGGGACACAAAUUGGCCUCUCUUCAACAGAAUCAGGUAUCCAUUGUUGUUUUACACUUCAGAACCAGCCCAGCUGCUCAAGCCUUUCAUCGGUUCAGUCGGAUGUUGUACCAGCCAGGCAGCAGCAGCAGCUGUGCUCUCCUCAAAAUCCAUACUCCGUCACAUCCAUGAGCCAAAGACCUGGACCGAGCCACCAGGACAUGUCGCUGUCUAAAAGUCCAAAUCCAAGCAAUGAAGUUCCCACAGCUAUAGUCAUUCCUGUAGCUCUCUACUGUACUGGGCAAAUAAUACAAUACCCAGAAGUCAGUCUUCACAAGUCUUCACAAGAGGAUCAGAACAGCCUGGAGAUUCUACCCCGGACAGAUGUUCCUGAUGCACCAUCCUCACUCUCUGUUUCUUUACCAUGCAUGGAGGACUUCCAGCUCCCUCCAUGUCUCUCUCCUUUGGAGUCACCUUCCUCAGCAGCGAAACAUCAGUAUAACUUCAGCAACCUGACGAGCCAUAGCGACAAAAUCCAGCUGCAGCCAUGUCUGCAUAGGCCACCAUGGCUCACUGAAGACCCUGGAUCACUACAGUAUCCUCUCAUUGCCAUCACUCACAACAGAAGUACAGGUGGAUCUUCACCACGAGAGAAGAACAACGGCUGUUGGGAAAAGUGUCAGCAGGGGGAUCUGACUCCACAAACUGGAGGAACCUGUGCAGAGUCAGGCCAGGUGAAUGAACGAAGAACAAUAUCAGCAGAUCAACACAAUGUAGAAGAAGGGAAGUCUCCACCCAAGAAGAUGAAGACAUAUGAGAAAUGUAAACAAAGUGAAGCAGAUACUGCAGCGCCUGGAAGGAGAAAGAGAAGUCGUCUCCAAGACGCUGUGGGUUCUCUUUCCCACAAAGAAGUGAACGAUGGUGAUGCAACACAGAGUCAGUUCAACAUCAGCGUUUGUUCUGUCCGUCUGUCGAGCAACAACGUGUUGGCAAAGAAAAGAGAACAGGCCACCAGUUCAUCAAACAUGCCUGACACUCCUGCAGCGACACAAAAUGAACCGUCAAAUAUUACAGAAAACCGGACGGAGAAAACCAGAGAGCCUCGCGGUGGGAUCAGGACCAGAAGCUUUUUGAAAAAAGCUCAAGAGACUGCAAAUAGCACAAGCCCACAACAUUCCUCUGUUUUGAAAACUAUCGACCAUGAAGCUACGUUCGGGAACAAACAAGGUGAGUCAUGCCCCAAACGGAAACGUGGAAGGCCCCCGAAAGUGAGGCGUCAAAAGAGUCCAGAGAUCUCUCAUACCAUCACUGAGCAAAAGGAUGACUCUGCUAAAAAUGAGCCCAACAGUAGUUUGUCAAAAAAGGAGGAGGGAAGAACAGCAGAGAGAAAGUGUGAGAAACGGAGGAGGAAUAGAAGUCGAGUUGGGGUAGUUCCUCUGAAGAAGACCUCGAGGGCUGAGAGCACAACAGAGAAAGACCUAAACAACAACGAGGAUCCAGCCGUGAGGAAACCCAAACAACCUUGCAUGGUCACUUUAAAGGAGUUUCAAAAGCUUUUCAGACAGCGGCAUUUAAAAACCAGGAUGUCAGAAGAAAACCGGGAUGAGAAAAUGAAUAAAACCGCAAGAAAGGAAGAAAAUGAUGAAGACAGUUUCCCAAGAAGUGGAUGUGAAGAAUCAACCAGGGAGACAGAAAUAGGUCUCAUUCAGCCUGAUGACACCGAGGGGAUCAGAGAGUCGCACAGUAUCUUGGAUGUCACAGUUGAUAAAAAACAAAAUCACAUUUUAAACAACAAGGAUAGUGAGUCACAGAAAGAAGAAACACACAACUCUACUGGUGAGGAGGCCUGUUUGUUUGGUGAAGAGCAGCACUCAGUGUUUUCCUCUGAUGUUUGGGGAGGAGAUGUGGAAGCGUUAGCAGCAGAGAGGGAGCAGCCACUCCGGAGUCGACAUGAAGCUCCGACUUGUGAUGGAGCAGUGUCAACACAGCAGACUAUCAAUGACGAUGGAGCUUCUCAUAAUGACUCCAAUUUGGCACAAGACAUUAUGCCUUUGGACCACAUUAUAAACCCCCAGACCCCUAAGAGGACUGGUCUGCCGCUGAUGGAUGCUGAUGGCUGUAAGAAGAGCUCAGGCUGUGAUCAAAAAGAAGUGAAUGAGGAGGAGGAGGAAGUGGAGGUAGACGUUCUGCUUUACUCACCGGACAAAGCGCCUCAGACCAGAUAUUGUGAGAAAGGACAGGAAAACGUGGACAUUAUUCCAGAGGAGGAGGAGGAGGAAGAAGAGGAGGAUGUGAAUGAGAUUGAUGUGACUGGAGAUGAAGCAGAGUGACCUUUUGACCUUAAAUUGUAAUUGGUUUUUACUCUGACAUGUUAAGCCGUUGGUUAGACUGAGCCUAAACUUAUGUUCUAGUUUAUGGAUGUUCAUAGAGAUUCCAGAGGAAGUGAGAUAACUGUGUCCCUCCCUCUCUGUUUCCACCAUCAGCCAUCAGGUGAUUUAAAGCUUUGUCCAUGAAAGAAUCACAGACUGAGGGACAGUUUUGACCUCCAUUUGGUUCCAUUUAAAGGUUCAAUGUUAUGUUUGUUUUGCCAUUAACAAUAAUGCCUUAGCAUUAAUACAAAUAGGGAACCAACGUUCUUAUUGCUGUUUAGAUUUAUCCUUUGUAUUUGUAAAUAGUUUCAUUAAUUUUACAUUUUCACUGAACGUUGAUUUGGCAGACUGAUUAGGUAAAAGUACUUGAAGUGAUGACGUGUUUAAAAAGGAACCUUAUUUUG